UUUAAGUUGUCUGUCUCAACCAUGUGGAACGUUUUGGUCCUCGUCACUUCUCUCAGCAUCUCAUCCCCACUUGCUGCAGGUCUGAUCAGAUUAGCCGGGCCUGGGUCGACCAGAUGUUCUGGAAGAGUUGAAAUCUACUACAGUGGUAUGUGGGGAACGGUCUGUGACGAUGACUGGGACAAAAAUGAUGCUAACGUGGUUUGUAGACAGUUGGACUGUGGGACAGCAACCAGUGCCCCCGGUUCAGCCCACUUUGGUCAAGGAACUGGUCAAAUCUGGCUCGAUAAUGUGAAGUGUUCAGGAAGUGAACAUUCUCUACAAGCAUGUGGGCAUGGAGGAUUUGGGACACACAACUGUGGACAUGGUGAGGAUGCUGGUGUCAUCUGUUCAGCUAUUGAAAUCAGAUUAGCUGGGCCUGGGUCGACCAGAUGUUCUGGAAGAGUUGAAAUCCACUACAGUGGUACGUGGGGAACGGUCUGUGACGAUGACUGGGAUGAAAAUGAUGCUAACGUGGUUUGUAGACAGUUGGGCUGUGGCACAGCAACCAGUGCCCCCGGUUCAGCCCACUUUGGUCAAGGAACUGGAAAAAUCUGGCUCAAUGAUGUGAAGUGUUCAGGAAAAGAACAUUCUCUACAAGCAUGUGGGCAUGGAGGAUUUGGGACACACAACUGUGGACACAGUGAGGAUGCUGGUGUCGUCUGUUCAGGUAUUGAAAUCAGAUUAGCUGGGCCUGGGUCGACCAGAUGUUCUGGAAGAGUUGAAAUCUACUACAGUGGUACGUGGGGAACGGUCUGUGACGAUGACUGGGAUGAAAAUGAUGCUAGCGUGGUUUGUAGACAGUUGAGCUGUGGAACAGCAACCAGUGCCCCCGGUUCAGCCCACUUUGGUCAAGGAACUGGGAAAAUCUGGCUUGAUGAUGUGAAGUGCUCAGGAAAAGAACAUUCUCUACAAGCAUGUGGGCAUGGAGGAUUUGGGACACACAACUGUGGACAUGGUGAGGAUGCUGGUGUCGUCUGUUUAGCAAGCCUCCCGAAGCCGAGUAUCACCAUGAAUCCUGCUGGUGAGGUCACCUGGGGUCAGGACAUCAGCAUCACUUGUACAAUCGCAGCUGAAUUUUUAGGAGGAACAUUUAUUCUUGAAAUGACCUCAAGUUCAUUCAGAAAGACUCAAACACCAGGUUCCAACUCUGCUACCUUCAACAUCCGAAACGUGAGCGCUGAUCAUUACGGAUCAUAUCGGUGUCGGUAUGAGAUAAGCUUUUCUAGUGAAACAUUCACCUCCCUCUUCAGUGAUUCUGUCAAUGUUACAGUAAACUUUCCAAAGCCCAGCAUCUCCAUGAAUCCUGCCGGUGAGGUCAUCUGGGGUCAGAAAGUUGGAAUCACUUGUUCGGUCUCAACUCAGGUUUUGGAUGGAAAUUUUGUCCUGACCAAGACCCGGAGUUCAUUCAGGAAAACUACAACACCAGUGAGAAACUCUGCUUCCUUCUGGAUCCAUAAAGCAGACUUUGAAGAUGAAGGAUCGUACCAGUGUCAGUAUCAGACAACAGGCUCCAGUCGGUACUUUGGCUCACCGUUAAGCGACCCUGUCAGACUCUCCAUCAACGUGAGACUGCAGAGGCCCAACAUCUCCCUGACUUCCUCUAACACCUUCUGGAGUCCUGAAGGAGCAGUAGUUACCAAGGGUUCCAGUUUUACCUUCACCUGCUCCAUCAACUCCAGUUAUACUCAGGGAAGUUUUUUUCUCAUGUUUUCUUCAAAUGUCAUGGACACCCAGCCUGCAGUCAACAACUCGGCCUCCUUUAACUUCCCUGUAGCUGAUUACGAACACCAGGGUAACUACAGCUGUGUGUAUGAGCUCACACUGUCUACACGGAGAUUCAACUCUACUGAAGCAGCACCGAUUACUCUUGUUAUUAAAUUGUCUUUGCUGCUGCUGCUGGUCUCUUCCAUUUCCAGUGGAAUUCUGCUGCUGCUACUGGUGGUCUUGAUGGUGGUCUGUCUGGUCCGCAGGAGAAGGCGAAGCACCCAGCAGCCCAUAGCCCUCUCCCAAAUUCAAAUGGCCGGCAGAGAGUUGAACACUUAUAAUGAGGAUGAGGAUGAUGAGCAGGAUUAUGAGAAUGUGGAUCUUGUAGACAUGACAAAGAAACUCAGGAAGGAAGAAACAGAAGAGGAGAGUGAUGAUUAUGAAGAGCCAGUUGGUGAUGAUGACCACGAUUAUGAGGAAGCAGGUCCUGAUUUAUACUGUACAAAUGCCAAGGAGAUCAAUGUGAGUGGGGAGGAUUACAGUGAGGAAGACAGUGAUGAAGAUGACGAGGAAGAAGAAACCAGUGAUGAAGAUGAUGACUAUGAGAAUGUAUCACCAGCCUGUGAACAAAUUGUGGACAUAUAUCAACAGUAUGAGGAUGUAUACCAGACCUUUUAGCUAUCAGCUCAUCAGCACUGUAGCAUUGAUUUUAAUGAAGAACUGAGCUUUAAGCUGGAAAACGGUGCAUGAUGUAGCUUACUUGCUGUUAAUCCCACAGUAAUUUCACAGUCAUUUAUUAAAUAAGAUGGAGUUCUAUUUUCUCUUUGUUUCUGUGGAACUUUCAGUUUUGCACCCUGACUGCUGAAGCAAGGAGUUAUACACUGCCUGGCCAAAAACAAGGUCAUACACUCUGAUGUUUGGCUGGACCUCCUUUAGCUUUGAUUCCAGCAGCAUUCGCUGUGACAUUGUUUUGUUAAGCCUCUACAAUCUCACAACAAUCAUUUCCAUCCAGUGUUGCGUUAUAUUUUCCUCCAAGAUUGAUGAUGGAGAGUUCAACCACUACACAUAGCCUUCUGAACCACAUCCCAAAGAUUCUCCGUGGGGUUCAGGUCUGGACUCUGUGGUGGCCAGUCCAUGUGUGAAGAUGAUGUAUCCUGUUCCCUGAACCACUCUUUCACAUUGUGAGCCUGAUGAAUCCUGUCAUUGACAUCAUGGAAUAUGUCCGUGCCAACAGCAAAUAAAAAAUCCAUUGAUGAGAUAAUUCAGUAUAUUGAGGUAGCUGAGGUCAGCUGACCUCAUUCUUUGGAUGCAUAAUGUUGCUGAACCUAGACCUGACCAUGCUCUACAGUAACUCUGGAUUACCAUACCUCUAGUCUGAAUGUUUGCAUUCCUGUCCUUUCUGCUACUGUAAUUAGAGAUAUUUACAUCAGGGCUCCAGACUAACUUUUUUACGAGGAGCACAGUCGCCCCUAAAUUAAAUUUUUAGGAGCGCAUGCAGAAAAUUUAGAGGCACACAUUGAAAUAGCCUUGCAAAGCAAAUAUUCACAUUUCCUCUCAUUUUCACUGUAUUAGUAAUAAAUACUUGAACAAUA